UCCUCCUCGGCCGCCGGCUCCCGAUCUGAUUCCUGAUCCCUGAUUCCGUGAUCCUUGGUCCCGCCAUGGGAGCCUGAGCGCCCCCUAUUCCUCCCGGCCCCCUGCCCUCGGGGCCUUGAGGGGGAAGAGGCAGCGGUCUGGGACGGAGCAGGGGGUGACCAGACUCAAGACUCCCCCUUAACAGCCCCCGUCGCCCGCGCUGCCCAUCCGGGAGCACGGAGUUCGGAGCGACCCAGAGCGCUGCGGAUACAAAGGCGCCGGGCCGAGCCGGGCGCCCGCGGAGCCCACCCGGCAGGCAGUUCGCAGCGGCGGGAGCGUCGCUUGAUUUUCUCUGAGACAAGCCCACCUGUCCAGCAAAAUAGAGUCCCUCAGGGUGACGGUUGAUUUCCUGAGGGUGCCUCUUGGCCUGAAGAAGCCGGCGCUGAAGGAGGUGGCUGUGGGGCCCCCCAAGAGGCCCCAGCCUGCGGCCCUGGAGCGCUACAAGGCGCGGCGUUCAGACGCCAUGGACACCGAGUCCCAGUACUCGGGCUAUUCCUACAAGUCGGGCCACUCCCGCAGCUCCCGCAAACACAGGGACCGCCGGGACCGACACCGCUCUAAGAGCCGAGAUGGGAGCCGUGGGGACAAGUCGGUGACAAUCCAGGCUCCAGGGGAGCCCCUGCUGGACAAUGAGUCCACGCGGGGGGAUGAGCGGGAUGACAACUGGGGGGAAACGACGACGGUAGUAACCGGCACCUCAGAGCACAGUAUCUCCCACGAUGACCUCACACGCAUCGCCAAGGACAUGGAGGACAGCGUCCCGCUGGACUGCUCCCGUCACCUGGGCGUGGCGGCGGGAGCCACUCUGGCGCUGCUGUCUUUCCUCACGCCACUGGCCUUCCUGCUGCUGCCCCCUCUGCUGUGGCGGGAAGAGCUGGAGCCGUGCGGGACGGCUUGCGAGGGCCUCUUCAUCUCCGUGGCCUUCAAGCUGCUCAUCCUGCUGCUGGGCAGCUGGGCUCUGUUCUUCCGCCGGCCCAAGGCCUCGCUGCCCCGCGUCUUCGUGCUGCGCGCCCUGCUCAUGGUGCUGGUCUUCCUGCUCGUCGUCUCCUACUGGCUCUUCUACGGUGUGCGUAUCCUGGACGCUCGCGAGCGUAGCUACCAGGGCGUGGUGCAGUUCGCAGUGUCGCUGGUGGAUGCCCUCCUCUUCGUGCACUACCUGGCCGUGGUCCUGCUGGAGCUGCGCCAGCUCCAGCCUCAGUUCACGCUCAAGGUCGUGCGCUCCACCGACGGGGCCAGCCGCUUCUACAACGUUGGCCAUCUCAGCAUCCAGCGCGUGGCAGUGUGGAUCCUGGAGAAGUAUUACCAUGACUUCCCUGUCUACAACCCUGCCCUCCUCAACCUGCCCAAGUCCGUCCUGGCCAAGAAAGUGUCUGGCUUCAAGGUGUAUUCCCUCGGAGAGGAAAACAGCACCAAUAACUCCACGGGCCAGUCUAGGGCUGUGAUCGCAGCAGCAGCCCGGAGGCGGGACAACAGCCACAACGAGUACUACUAUGAGGAGGCCGAGCACGAGCGGAGGGUGCGCAAGAGGAGGGCCAGACUUGUGGUGGCAGUGGAGGAGGCCUUCACUCACAUUAAGCGGCUGCAGGAAGAGGAGCAGAAGAAUCCCAGAGAGGUGAUGGACCCCCGGGAGGCAGCCCAGGCCAUCUUCGCAUCCAUGGCCCGUGCCAUGCAGAAGUACCUUCGGACCACCAAGCAGCAGCCUUACCACACCAUGGAGAGCAUCUUACAACACCUUGAAUUCUGCAUCACACACGACAUGACUCCCAAGGCCUUCCUGGAGCGCUACCUGGCGGCCGGACCCACUAUCCAGUACCAUAAAGAACGCUGGCUGGCCAAACAGUGGACACUGGUGAGCGAGGAACCGGUGACCAAUGGACUCAAGGAUGGCAUCGUUUUCCUCUUAAAACGCCAGGACUUCAGCCUGGUGGUCAGCACCAAGAAGGUCCCAUUCUUCAAACUCUCCGAGGAAUUUGUGGAUCCCAAGUCGCACAAGUUUGUCAUGAGGCUGCAAUCUGAGACCUCAGUGUGACUGUGUAAUAGCAGGGGGAAUGGGAGACCCUGGGGGGCUCCUGAAGGGGUGGGAGGGGCACGGUUCUCAGGCCCAGCCACAUUCCUACCACCCUUCUUCCUCUUGCUCUUGGUUUUUUUUACUUGAAUUUAACUUACCCCACCCUGUCUCCUCCUCUCUUCCUUAUUUUACCCCAUGUGAACCUGGAGAGACCAUCCUGCUGUCAACAGUACCUGGGACCACCCCCCACCCCACCCUGCCAACUUUUUUGUAACUCUGGGCCCUGUAGGUGUGUCAGUGCCUGUCUCCCUUUCCUUUCCCUCACCUUUCCUGGAUGGCAGUCUCUUCCGAAAGGGCACAGGGCCCUGCUGCGUAUACCUCCCCUCUUGAGCCCCCACUCACAAACCCAAGUUCUUGUACCGGGUCUCUCCAGUGGCCCCAACAGGGUUUCUCUGGUGACACGGAUAUGAUUCCAGAGAGCACAGUGCCAAACCCCUCCAGGGCAGCAGCUGCCACCACCUGCCUCUUCCCCCACAUAACAAACCCUGAAUUCUGGGGCAAGGAUACUCCUGCCACACAGCUGAGUUAGGAAUCUCCCUGCUGGGGUUGUUUGCUUCUGGCUGGUAGAGGCUCUCUCCCCCAGCCACACGUAUUUAGAGCAAGGGAAGAUCUCAUCCUUUUCCCAGAAGUCUCCACCUUCCAUUUGUGAGUCCCCACCUUCCCAUGACCACAGGGAAACAGGUGGAAAGACUCCAUGACGACCUUUCCUGGGCCUUAGGGGAAGGUACCUUUCUUCCAAUGUGUCUUUCUGAGGCAGCCCCUGAGCGAAAGGGCAGAAUAGAUCCCUGAGGUUUUGGAGGGACCCCAUCACUGACCCCUACCCUCUGACCUGCCCUCACCUUUGUUCCUGCCCUCCCCAGUGAAGAAUGGCAUGCAGACUCCUAUACAGACUUAGUGGCUUGUAGACCCUGACCCAGCCUCCAUUCUCUUAGACAAGUGGUUUUUUUCCUUCACCAGCCACCCCCUGUCCUGCUGUCUUCUCUUGACUCCAGAGACUGUUGCCUCAUCUCUUGGGGACGAGCCAGCACCUCCUCCUCAUCCCCUGCCUUAAGUCCAGUUCUUUGCCUCAGGGGUCUCUUUUCUUGGCCUUCCAGGGCCCCUAUACCUUCUCUCCUUGCCUGAUUCUCUGGGCUCUGGGCUCCCUCUGUAUUGGGGUGAGGGACCAGGAUUACUGCCUUUUGUGGGUACUUAGGCUCUCACCCUAUUUUAGCUUCCAUAGUCUUUGCACCACAUCCCAAAUCUCAAUAGUUUAGAUCUCAUUUUGAGCAAAAUAUCCUGGCCCGCUAACACAUUUCAGUGUGAAUCUGAGCCUUUAAAUUAGACACCUUUAAAUUGUGUGGUUUUUGCCAAGGAGGAUAGAAAUAAGAAGUACCCAUAAUACUCUAGCCAGGAUCCUCCUGGAGGACCGUUCCGAUGGCUGGGAUGAAGCAUGCCCCUGAGCCAGUCCUCUAAAUAACUCAGUGUCCUUUAUAGGCCCUUGUUUCCCCUGGAAAACUCAUCAGUACUUGCCUUGAGGAGAGAUCCCAUGAUCUCUGUAAUCUAGUGGCAGUCCUGGGGGUGAUGGAGCCUAGUGAUCGGGUUUCUCCUGCUGUCCUUUCAGAAAAGGCACACCUGUUCCCCUCUCCCCCCAACUUGCUAGAGAGGGGCUCAUCAGCCAGUGCUCACCUUGUCCCCCUGGGGGGUGAGUUGGGGAUGUUGGGAUAUGCUUGUGUGAAAUAUGUCCUGUCCUGGAGGUCUGGGAAGGUAUCUUUUCUUCUCCUCGAAAACCUGGUUUCAGAGGCGUCCCUUCUGGUCACAUAAAUACCUCACUAUCCUGGAAAACAGGGCCUGGAUGGUGAUCGGAACAUUGCUUUUGCGGGCAGGAUGGAGUGUGCUGUGGUUUGAGGAGCAGGUUGGGGUGGGGAGAGGGAAAGUGUUUGGGAUCUCAGUUUCUGCCCUAGAUUAGGGGUGGGGGGGAAUGUUCAUUUUAAGAAACUGCCCUGUUUUUAAUCACUGUGAUUUUUUUCAUUCCCUUUUCCUAAAAACGAAAAGAAUUCCACCCCCCCCGCCAUCUCACUAAGCACUAAGGGCUGUGACUGAGAAUGGUAGCAUUUUGGUCUUUUGCGUCAGAACUGUGGUAUCUUUGUCUUUGAUUUUUAUUAUUAUUAUUUUUUGAAACGUCAGGAUGGACUGUCAAGCGUAUGGCUGUGUGUUUGUCUUUGCUUCUCCUCUGUGGGAAGUUGUCUCCAUGCUGUGAACUGCUGUGGGCCACAGCUGCCUCAGUCGCUCUGAGCAGUCUCCCCGCUCCGCCUGCGCCACCGCGGGACGCGGGACCGCGGGACCGCCUCGCUUUCCCGCCGCGGGGGCGUGCCCUCCCGUUGCCCCUCUCCCACCGUAGGGGGGCGGUGGCUGGGCCUUUCCAGCGCUCUUUUCUGUGACUCGUGGCCUCCUGGCUCGUGCCUGCCGUGCCUACUGGGCUUCCCUUCUCAUCACCUCACAACGCUUUCCCUCCUUCCCUCCACACCAAGACACUGUGUGCCUCAGUCCUUCACCUACCUCGCCGCUUGCCGCUGUCCCCCUCCCCGUUGGUCCCUUUCUCCUAAACGAGUCUUUGUGCUCUCUGUUUAUUCUUGUUUAUUUCCCUCUAGUCUCUCAUUUUUCUUCCCAUCCCCCUCCAUUUCAGCCCUUAAUCUUUCACUUCCCCAUCCCGCCCAGCAUUCCCCUUGCAAACCCUGACGCAACACCUGUGAUGAGACAUCCGGAUCCCUGCAACCUCUGGUCUGAAACACCUGUUUCCCAGGGUUUGUGCUGUCCGCCUCCGUGGGGCCCAGACGAGCCCCGUGGCCCCUCCGUGGUGUCUGUCAGUCUGUCUGUCUUCUCUUUCCUCUGCCCUUCACAUGGGGCAGUAUCUGCUGAUGGAUUCAGUCCUGGUGUGUGAUUGUUGUGAUUUGUUCUUCUGUGCGCAAAAGGAAGGGGACGUUUUGGAGUCCCUUCCAAGUGAGAUUGUAAAUGUAGAAUCUUCCACUGUUGGAUCUAGAUAUGUUUUUUUCUUUUUUGGGGUUACAGAGCUGAGACCUUGUGCAUGCAUGUAGAAAACUGUAAAAUGUAAAUUUUUUUUUUUAAUAUAUAAAAAGCUUGUUUUUAUAGUUUGCAGUGGAUCUAAACAUUAUGGCAACUUUAGAGAUUUUUUUCUUAAACAUAGGAACUAAAACUGUACAAAUUUUUUUUAUAUAAAAUAAAGACAUUUGACUUUU